UGCACCUGUAUAACAGGAAAAUCAAAACAGCCAAAGUCUCCCGCGAAAGGAGAAGAGAGAAGAAGACAUCAACAUGUAAAAUUUAGAUCUCAUGCAUAACAGAAACUUGGAUAAAGAAUGACAAGUAACCCAUGGGAAGGAGACCCAGCCUUCAUAAAUUUGGGAGGCUUAAAACAUAUCUUAGACACAUACAAAAGAUUUUCAACUUCUUCAUCACAGUGCAGUGGAGGUGAGAAGAAUUCUUCAGUGGAAUAUUUUGACUCGUUGAGAAAUAUAACAAAGCUAAAUCGAGAACAGACCAAGGCUGGAAUUGAAUUACAAUCUCAUCGCCUGUAUGAAGAAUUCUAUAAUAUUCUAAACACAGAUGUACUUGAUGGUAUGAUAUCAAUGGUAGACUUUUUGUCCCAACAUUUACAACAAAUCAUCGAUCACAAGCACCUCAUUGUGGAUCGUUUGCAAAAACCUUUUGUUGGGGAAUAUAUGACUGUAGAUGUUGACUACCAUAGUGACGUUUGUGAAUUUUUCCCGUUGAUAGCGAAUAACUUAGCCGAUCUGUCGAAAACUCUACACAACAUUGAAUGGAUCAACAAUUACUCAAUCAGAAAUUCCGACCUUAGUGAUACAUUAAAAACGGUUAUGUCUGCAUUGUCCACUUUACAAAGACAGUACCAAGGUAUGAACGAAACUCGCGAUUUGAUGAACGACCUCAUCAAAAUGAAGCCAUAAGAUCUUGCACUGAAAAAAAUUAACAAGCACCGCAUAGCUGCCGAAUUUGUGGGGCAAGAACAGUAAUCAGUUGGAGAUGGAAUGUAAAAUCAGACUUGCUGAAGGCGUUUUUUCCAGAGUUUCCUGUUGCGGAUGUUUCAUGGAAACAGUGAAAGAGACUUCAAUUUGAAAGGGUAGCGUAGCUACUUGUUGAGGUUAUUUCGAGAUGAUGCAACUUUUUUAUAUUUUUUAUUUAAAUAGUUUCUGAUUUGUGUAGGUGUAAAUUUGUCAUCAUUUUGGUUUUGACAGUCAAGAGUUCAGAGAAACGCUUUAUCUUCAAUGCUAAAAAAAUGGGGAAAAUCUAUUUGAACAAUUAAUUUGAUUUUGUAGAAAAUGCAUAGAAUUUUUUACACCAUUUCAAUAUCUUUGUGUUUAAAAUUUCGCGAAAAUUUAUUGCCAAAUUGUUUUCACUGUCUAUACCUGUUUUUUAAGAAGAUUUAUUAGUGAUUAUAUUUUGAUAAAAAUUCUGUAAGAAGGUCUUGAACCAUGAAAUUUUAUUUCACAAAAAU